AGCGAGCGGGCGCUGAAUGAGCCGGGCGAACGAGCCACCCCCGCGGGGCCGGGGGCGCGGCGGGGCCGCCUUCCCCCGCCGCCUUCCGCGCUCCGCCCGCGCCCCCCGCCCCAUGCGCGCCCUGCCCUGAGCCCGGGGCGCGGGGGGAUGCGCGGCCCGCGGCCGCGGCUGCCGGCGCUGCCCGCGCUGCUGUGGCUGGCGCUGGCCCCGCUGCCCGGCCCCGCGGCGCGGGCAGAGCUGCGGGUGCGGGUGCGGCUGCCCGGCGGGCAGGUGACGGAGGAGAGCCUGCAGGCCGACAGCGGGGCCGACUGCGUCAGCCUGGAGCUAAGGGCGGCCGACGGAGCCCUCGUCACGCUCACGGCGGAUUUCAGACAGGAGGUGAAGAUUUUCCGUGCCUUAAUCCUCGGGGAGCUGGAGAGGGGCCAGAGCCAGUUCCAGGCCCUCUGCUUUGUGACCCGGCUGCACCGCAACGAGAUCAUCCCCAGCGAGUCCAUGGCAAAGCUGCGGCAGAAAAACCCCCGGACAGUGAGGCAGGCGGAGGAGGUGCGAGGCCUGGAGCACCUCAGCAUGGACGUGGCUGUGAACUUCAGCAAGGCAGCCCAGCUGAGCUCCCACAUCCACAACGUCUGCGCAGAGGCCAGGGAGGCCAUUUACACCCGGGAGGAAGAUGUCAAGUUCUGGCUGGAGAAAGGGGUGGACGGCUCCAUGUUCGAGGUGCUGCCGCAGGGCUCGGACCUGCCGGAGCUGCAGCGCUGCCGGCUGUGCCCGGAGCGCUGGAAGCCCUGCAUCUGCAGCUACUCGCUGAGCAUCGAGUGGUACCCCUGCAUGCUCAAGUACUGCAAGAGCCGCGACGCCGCGGGCAGGGUGUCCUCCUACAAGUGCGGCAUCCGCAGCUGCCAGAAGGGCUACACCUUCGACUACUACGUGCCUCAGAAGCAGCUCUGCCUCUGGGAUGAGGAAACUUAGAGCCGGGCCAGGCUGCCCAGGGGUGGCGAGGAGCUGGCUGCUCCGAAGAAGGAAUGCUGUUCACAGUGGUGCCUUGUGCUCUGUGCCUUUCCUUGUGGCCUCCUGGGCCUCCCUUCCCCACGUGCCGCUGCCUCGUGCUGUGCCAAGCAGGCUCAGCUCGCUGGGUGGUGAUGCUCUGGCUCCCUGCAGCAGGAGAUGCAGGUUUUGGGGUGAAGCACAGGGAAAAGGGCUGUGCUGCCCUGCUCUGGAGCUCCAAGGGGCGCUUCCCAGCCUCGAGCUGAGCGGGCAGGGCAGGGAUCUUGCUGACCUGUGUUGUCAAACAUCUCUGCCACUGAAGAACCCCCUUUGCUGCCUUCACCACCUCCUGGUGACACAACCACGGGGAAACAGCUGAUUUUUGGGACCACAGCCCCUGAACAAGAAGGCUUUGAAGCGCACCCAAAGCAGAGCCUGCCUGUAACUUUUCCUAGUGCCUGACUGGCUGUUGUAUCCCCCUGUGGAUGGAAGAUACACCGGGGGACAUAGCCCAGCAUCUUGUGUCCCUAAAGGGCUGGUAAUUAGGGCUUUAAUUAAUCCCUAUCUAGACUAGUGAAGGCCCAACCUUUUGUGUUGGUCUUGUGACUGUUCCACUAAGAAAUAAACAUCUAGAGACUCGUGACUACCACCAUAACCCUGUGGCUGGAAGGGGAGAGGAGGAUCCCAGGUGAGUUUUGAAGAAGACAGGAUUCUACAUCCACGUCCAGUUUCAUGUCCUGCUCUGCCAGCUAUUCACAAGAAGCUCUUAAAUAACUGUACUGCUUUGCUGUGCCUUGGUUUCCCCCAUAUAUUAAACAAGGAUGACACUGAAGCUGUCCUUGGCCCUGGAAUAUUCCUGGAGGGACCAGACAAAAAGCACUGGAAGUGCUGCUUGGGUCUGUGUCCUCUUCCACUCAAAUUAGGACAAGCACAGAGGGGAGAGAAGCUCUUGGGGUCUUUAGGAACCUCUGUGCCUCCUGGUGAAAAGCCUUCACAAUGUGCCUUUUUGCCUAAAAUACAGGAAUUUUUGCAAAGAAGAAAAAAAAAUAAUUUGGUCACGUUUAUUUUUGUAUCGAUCACUUAAGGGGGUGGGGGGAGAAGGGAAAGGUAUUUUAAUAUUGGAACAUGAAGUAAAACACACUUGAAAUGAUUUUUUUUUAAAAAAAAAGACAAAUUAUUUAUCAUUUGUAAGGUAAAAUAAACUGAUUUUUUAAAGCA